AUGGCGUGCGGCUCGCCGGAAGACCUUGCGGCGGAUCUGGAUGUCGAUCUCAUCAUUUGCAGCGUAAAGGUGCAGAAACACUACAGCCUUGUCAGGCUGGUUCUUCUGGCCGGUAAAGAUGUCAUUGUUGAGUGGCCACUGAGGGCGAACUUGAAGGAGGCGGAGGAGCUUACAUUGAUUGCGAAGGAGACGGGGGCGAAGACGGCUGUCGGUUUACAGGUGAGGUUUUCGCCAGCUGUGACGAAAGUCAGGGAACUGUUGGCAGAAGGCAGGAUUGGAUCUGUAUUCGGCUCCACUUUUAUGGGCGCAGUCGGUUUAUACUCUGGUACUGAAUCUGUGCGAGCCGAGUUCCUCAUGGACAUCAACACCGGUGGUAACCUGGUGACGAUCCACCACGGCCGCGAGAUCGAUGCACUACUCCACACUCUCGGUGAGUUCGACACCUUCAACUCAAGGCUCGGCAUCAAACGCCCCUUUACGAGAAUGUUCAACAAAGAUGGGACUGUCGCAAACCCUGCCUUGAUGAGAACAACUCCCGAUCAGGUCAUGGUGCAAGGAGAAUUGACCACUGGUGCCCUCGUCUCAUCCCAUUUCCGCGGUGGGAACCCGUACCCUGGAGAGCCGGGGUUGCUGUGGCACGUCUACGGCGAGAGAGGGGAGAUUCGCAUAACUUGCGAUGAUGCUUUUGUGCGAGUUGGGUCAUAUGAUCCAAAAGUCACGAUCUCGGAUCAUGCGACGAGAGUGGUGGAAGCGAUAGAGCUACCCGAGGAUGAGAUGGAGGAACUUCCGAGAGAAAGUAAGAAUACUGCUCGGUUGUAUGAAGCUUUCGCGAAGGGGAGACGGAGAAUCUGGUUGAUUUUGGACAAACUAUCGUCAGACACAGGUUUUUGA